AUGACAGAGGCGGCUUCUCAAUUUAGCGGCUCUGAAAACAUACCACAGGAUACAGUGUCAAGAAUUCUACGGCAGACCUACGCGCAAGCCCAGCAAUCAGUUAGAGACUCAAUUCGGCGGAAAGCCCAGCAGCAGCAACAGAUAAUAUCGGAAGAAACCAACCACAAUACACCUUAUGUGGGAAUAGACCUUGAAGCACCAGAAGAAUAUCCACUCACAUUUGACGUUCAUGGCUUCGUUAGAAUGGCGGAUGAGCUUCUUGAGGAAAUUCGUGUGAAUGAGAAUCACAUAUUAUCAGAAGACAACCACGCCGGCCACAGUGGACAAAACCCCAGCCGAGCUGAUGACGACCGCCGGGUGCCCAUAGAUCCGCCUGAUAUCGCCGAGUUCGCUUCCGAGCGCUACUUUGAGAAGCUCCGCCAACUGCAAACCGAUCACCAACAGACGAAUGAUGAUGAAUCUAAUGCCGCAACGACGGCGACCGCGUCUGAAUUCAUCCUAUCCUUGCGAGAUUCAUCGAGUCCCACGGAUGAGAAGCCCCAGCCGUCAGCUUGA